GCGAGGCGAGCGUGCGACAUGGCGGUGGCGGACGCGGUGGCGCAGCGGCUGCGCGAGCUGCUGACUCCCGGCGGCUUCGAGUGUCACCCGUUCAAGAUUGGUUGGUAUAAUGCCAUCCUGCAGCCCACCUUCCACCUCAAAUACCCAGAUGACACUUUGGCUUUUGUUGUCCUCAGCACACCGCAGAUGUAUGAGAAGUCCUUUAAGCCAUUCAUUAUUAGCAAGCAAUUCGCGGGUGUCCGAGACCCCAUCGAUGAAUGUGUCGCUCAAUAUUUUUUUCUCGUGAAAGAGAAUCUUUCUGAGCAGAGGAUAGAAGCUAUCCAUGACUUUGAAAUACUUCCAAAUCGUAGACCAAAGGUUCUGGUGCAAACGGCAGCACAUGUGGCUGGAGCAGCCUAUUAUUAUCAGAAAAAUAAUGUAAAGAAAAACCCCUGGGGAGAAAAGAAAAUCUAUGGUGUAUGUAUUCAUCCUCGUUACGGUGGCUGGUUUGCAAUAAGAGGAGUCCUCAUAUUUCAGGAUCUGCAGAUUCCGUCUCUUGAGCAGAGGCCACCUGUAGAUUGUGUUUCAACAAAGGAGAAAAUAAUCGAACUGCUGGAAAGAUUUAAUUUCCACUGGAGGGACUGGACUUACCGAGAUAUCAUCGAGGUGGAGGAGAGAUACUCUGAAGACCAGAAGCAAUACUUUGCUACACCUCCUUCGAAAAGGCUGGAACUACUUGGACUGAAAAAUAAUUGUCUUUCAUAUUGAGUUGUGAAAGGAAGAUGUAUUGAGGGAUAUGGGGCAAGGGCGGGUAAUUGGACUUGAGGUACAGAUC